GCGCACGAGUAGUUCACUUCUGUUCGGUGCGGUGUCGCGGUGAAUUUUCAGGGGACAGAAGAGAAAGAGAGAGAGAGAGAAAGAAGGGACUGGGAUAUACCGAGCGGCGAACAGUACACGCUCUGAACCUCGCACACGCUCUACGAGGGUGCGGGAGAGGAGCCGGGACAGACUAAAUAUCGUUUCGGUGUGUACCCCGGUCCGCGGUCGCGCCGAUCCCCCGUCGGUCACGUCUACGCUUCUCGGUCUAGUUUCCGCGUUAGUUUAGGGGGAGCAGCAGUGCGGCGACGAACGACGACGGCGACGAACCAACUCGAACCAACGUUUCCUCUUUCUCUCGUACAAGACCGAGCCGUCCGCGGGGUCCGCACCUGCUGCGGGAGACCACGUCGUUGGACAGGAUCAUCGUCAUCGUCGUCAGGGUCGUCCGUCGUCGGCGACCGUCCUGGAUAGGAAACGGAAGAAGUGUGCCGACAUGUCGGCCUUGCGCGCCGGGCCUUAUCGACCCGGGAUUAUACUCUGUCUGACUGUUCUACUGGCAUCGCAAUCCAAUUCUGCCCCGGUAUACGACCACGAUAGCACGCUAAUAGCAGAAUACAAUGGAGCCCCGGCCGGAUGCUACUACAACUUCCAGCACUACGACGAGGGCGACCGAAUCGUCACGAACGAGCCAUGCCUGAACUGCACGUGUCACAAUCAGAUGCUGAUGUGCUACCUGAGGGUCUGCCCGUUCACGAAAGCGAUCGGCCAGGAUUGCACCGUGGAGAAGCGUCCCGAUCAGUGCUGUCCCGUGAUCACAUGCCCCGAGGUGCCGGUGCAACUGUUGACGUCGACGACCAACGCGCCGGCGAUUUCCGGUUCCACCGCGGUCGGAUUCCACGACAACUACGGCUGCAACGUCGAGAAUCGAUUCUACGCGGACGGCGCGCAAUUGCCGACCGAUCCUCAGAAUCCUUGCGAGUUGUGCUACUGCAUCAGGAACAGGACCACCUGCGUGAUGCAGGAGUGCACUCUGCGCGUGGCUGGGUGCAAGCCAGUCUAUCAACCCGGUGUGUGUUGCCCGGUCAAGUAUAAUUGCGAAUACGACGAGGAACUUGCAACGACGGUUGAACCAACGCCUGGCUUGAUCAUGACCACGACGAUGGCACCCGGAGCGUCGCCGCAAUGUUACCACGAAGGCAACGUGUACGAGGACGGUGAUCUGAUCUCGUCGUCGCAGCCUUGCCAGCAUUGCUACUGCUUCCGAGGUGACAUCGCCUGCGCCGUACAGAACUGUGGAACCCCCAUGGAGACCCAUGGAAAGAACUGCACCGCUUUGCCGCCGCCCGAAGGGAAAUGCUGCCCGGAGACCUACGAAUGCGAAGACGAAGGUCAUGGUGCGAUCAUCACGGUCCCAGAAAGCGCACAGACCACCGAGGAACCGAUUCUGGAAUCGACGAUGCCAAGCGCCGAGGAAGAAGGAAAGAAGCCGGAAGCUGCUGAGACCACCGAGGAAUCGUUCCCUGGCUACGACAAUGCAAUUCCGGAAGUACCCAAAGAGACUGCACCGGCCACUGAAGCACCAGGGAAAGAAGAGCCGCAAGAAACGACUUCGCCGGCGGAAGCUGUUCCAUCGUCCGAGCCAACAUUGAAGGAGAUCAGCACCGAAGCUCCUCUUUCUCCAACGGAACCAAGCGCGACAACCAAAGCGCCGAAGCCUGUCGAAGCCGAGGGUCAAGCUACGGAAGCGCCGAUCUUGGAAGAGACAAGUGAAAAGGCGACAGCGAAACCGGAAGAGGAGGUUACACAAGGACUCGCGGAAACGUCGGAGCUUCCGGGAGAACCGGAAUCGACUUCGCCGACAGCCGAAGAAACGGCCGCAGAAGUGACCGGGGAAGAGGCGCAACGACCAACCGAAGCAGCUGUCCCUGAAGAGAAGCAUACCGAAGCCGCGCCGAAGGAAGAAGGAACCGAGAAACCGGAAGAAGCGAAACCGUCGGAGGAAGGAUCGCAGACGAGCGCCACCGAGGCCGGUAUUGCCGAAGAGAGUGCUGCGACCGAAGCAGCCGUGAAGCCGACGGAAGCACCGGUAGUGCCAACCGAAGAGAAGGCGGUGACCCCUGAAGAAAUUCUCGAAGUGUCCACGGAGGAACAAGUGACAGAGGAGGCUAAAGGAACGGAGGCGACCAUGAUAUCCGAACCGGAACAGAAAGUGAGCACCGAGGCGCCGGUCAAAGGUAAACCGGAAGAGGCGGCUACGUUGGGCGCGGAAACGCCAACGGAGGAGAGCGUGCCCGAGGUAGCGAGCACGGAAACAGCGCCUAGCGAAGAAGAACAGAAAACAGCAGCGCCAGAAGUCGGUCACGAAGCAGAGGCCACGGAACCGAGCGUGCCUGCGGGACAAGCUGAAGAACAAGUCACGGAAGGUAUCAUCGAAAAGAAACCCGCGCCGGAGGUAUACGAUCACAAAGCACCCGAAAUGCCUGGAAUAGUUCCCAAGAAAGAAGACAUGAUCCCAACCGAAGGUCCUAUGAUCGAGGAGCCAAUCGUGACGGUGAAGAUACCCGAAGAGGAAGGAGCUCCUGAAAUACCAGCACAAGGACCAACCGGAAUUCCUGUCACCGAACGCGUGCCUGGAGGCAAGGCAGAGGACAAGGAAGCGGUGCCUGAGAUUCAGGUAACGGAAGGCUAUGUAGACAAGAAGCAUCCAGAGUUCCAUGUACCUGGCAGUUUGGUCACCGAGGCUCCCGAGAAGGCGCCGACCACGUAUCUCCCACCACCUAAGGAAACCGCUCCCGAGGAAGAAGGAUCUGGCGAGGCAGGCACCACGCCCGCAAGCCAAGCACCAGAAAAAGCAGCGACUACAGUUCCGGUCCAUGAAGAGGAGGCAGAGACUCCGUCAGCCACCGAAGCUGGGUUAGAAGCUCCGCAAGCUACCGAGGCGAGUCCAGGCUUGGAAGUUUCCACGCAGCAGGUUCCGCAAGAACAGGAGCCUGCGAAACCGACCGCAUCGGAGGAAGUUAGCACCGAGGUAUCGUCCGAGGUCCCGUCAUUGAAGGAAGCGUCUCCGCCGACUCCGCCGGCGAAGGGACUCGCUAUCGAGGAGUCCGGCGAAACGUCGUCCGAGGAGCUCAGCGAGCCCAGCGAGGAAGUGGAACAUCCUACAGUCGGAUCGACCGAGAGAACGGUAAUCUCAUCCGAAGCGCCAGCCGAACCGGAAGAAAAGCCUACUGAACAGCCUGCAACGCAGGAAGCAGUCACAGAGGGCAAGGGUGCUCCCGAAACCACGUUGGCUCAAUCCACCGAAGCUCCGCACGUUGAAGCACCUACAGAAGCUAGUCAAAUUCCUGAAGAGAAGCCUGUGACCGAAGAAGAGGCAACUGCUGAACAGGGUACAAGUGCGCCGUCUGUGCAAACGCCUGAAGAACAAGUCACUGGAGAGCCGGUUUCUGAAGAAAAGGCACCAGAGGAGCAGGCGACUGAGAAACCAGGUGUUGAGGAAGGAGUACCGGAGGAGCAGGUGACCGAGAAACCAGGUGUUGUUGAAGAAGCCGUGCCCGAGGAACAGGCAGGUGAGAAACCAGGCGUUGAGGAAGAAGUUCCCGAGGAACAGGCGACUGAGAAGGCAGUUUUCGAAGAAGAAAAGGUUCCAGAGGAACAGCAGACUGAGAAAUCAGUUCCUGAAGAGCAGGCGCCGGAGGAACAAGUGACUGAAAAACCAGUUACCGAGGAAAAGGAACCUGAAAAACCGGCGACUGAGGAACCAGCUUCUGAAGAGAAGGUACCCGAGGAACAACUGACCGAGAAACCUGCUGUUGAGGAGGGAGCACUUGAAGAACAGAUGACGGAGGAACCAGCUGGUGGCAAAGAGACACACGAAGGCGAAGCUACUAUGAAGCCAGUUGUUGGCGUAGAAGCACCUGAGGAACAAGUGACCGAGAAAGUAAUCUCUGAAGAGAAGCAAGCUCCGUCUACUGGUGAACCUGGGAAAGUUGAAGUGGAGGGUACGUCGCAACAGCCUGUCAGCGAAGAAGCAAGCGAGAAACCUGUUGAGGAAGAAAUUCCGAAAGAAACGGCAGCUCCAGAAGUUGAGAGUUCGCCAGCUCCUGGGGAAACGGAGGAGAUUGAGCAUCCAACGGAAAGUACUCUGAUGGUUGAAGUUCAUCCGACGGUAGUUUCUGUUGAAGAAAUGAAACCGUCGGAAGAGGGAGCUUCCGAGCAGCCACCUACCGAGCAGACCGAGGGAUCGACGAUCAAAGAAUCGUCCACUGUUGGCUAUGAAGGGGAACACAAGACGGAGAAGCCAAUGAAGGAAGAAGCGCAGACUGAAGGGCCGUUCGCCGAAGUGCCAUCGACUGAAGGAUCGGUUACCGAAGCAGGAGAACAAGAGACCCAAGCUCCGCUCGAGGAACAGAAACCAGUGAAACCACCAAUUUCUGAGCGAAAGGAGGAUGAAGGUAUAAAGCAACCAGAGGAAAUGCCGAAAGAGGGACUGGAAGCUACUCAGAAACCAUCUCUUGAAGAAGAGAAGCCAACUGAGAAGCCUGCGGAAGGAGAACUAGUCACUGAGACGGCUGCUGAAGCAGAGACUCCGAGUGUAGAAGAGAUGCCCGAGAAACCUGCCGAGGAAGAGAAGAAACCUAUGGAAGAAGAGAAACCGACUGAAGGACUUGCUGAAGAAGAGAAACCAACUGAAGGACCUUCCACGGAAGAAAAGCCAACUGAAGGACCUGCUGCGGAAGAGAAGCCAACUGAAGGACCUGCCGUGGAAGAGAAGCCAACUGAAGGACCUGCUGUGGAGGAGAAGCCAACUGAAGGACCUGCUGUGGAGGAGAAGCCAACUGAAGGACCUGCUGUGGAGGAGAAGCCGACUGAAGGACCCACUGAAGAAGAAAAGCCAACUGAGGGACCUGCUGCGGAAGAGAAGCCAACUGAAGGACCUGCGGAGGAGAAGCCGACUGAAGGAGCCACUGAAGAAGAAAAGCCAACUGAAGGACCUGUAGUGGAAGAGAAGCCAACUGAGGGACCUGCGGAGGAGAAGCCGACUGAAGGAGCCACUGAAGAAGAAAAGCCAACUGAAGGACCUGUAGUGGAAGAGAAGCCAACUGAGGGACCUGCGGAGGAGAAGCCGACUGAAGGAGCCACUGAAGAAGAAAAGCCAACUGAAGUACCUGUAGUGGAAGAGAAGCCAACUGAGGGACCUGCGGAGGAGAAGCCGACUGAAGGAGCCACUGAAGAAGAAAAGCCAACUGAAGGACCUGUAGUGGAAGAGAAGCCAACUGAGGGACCUGCUGCGGAAGAGAAGCCAACUGAAGGACCUGCUGCAGAAGAGAAACCAAGUGAAGGACCUGCUGCGGAAGAGAAACCAACUGAAGGACCUGCUGCGGAAGAGAAACCAACUGAAGGACCUGCCGCGGAAGAAAAGCCAACUGAAGGACCUGCCGCGGAAGAAAAGCCAACCGAAGGACCUGCCGCGGAAGAGAAGCCAACUGAAGGACCUACCGAGGAGGAAAAGCCGUCUGAACAACCCGCGGAAACACCUAAACCAUCCGAAGAACCUACGGAAGAAGAGAAGCCAACCGAGGGACCUGUGGAAGAAGUUCCUGUUGAGGAAGGGAAGCCAACGGAAGGACCCAUUGAGACUGAAAAACCGUCCGAAGAACCAGCUAAGGCAGAAAAGCCAACCGAAGGACCUUCUGAAGCAGAGAAGCCAACUGAAGGACCUUCUGAGGCUGAAAAACCAACUGAAGGACCUUCAGCGGAAGAAAAGCCAUCUGAAGGACCCACUGAGGCAGAGAAACCAACUGUAGGACCCACUGAGACAGAGAAACCAACUGAAGGACCCUCUGAAGAAGAGAAACCAUCUGAAGGACCCACUGAGGCAGAGAAACCAACUGAAGGACCUUCUGAGGCUGAGAAACCAACUGAAGGACCCUCUGAGGCAGAGAAACCAACUGAAGGACCCACUGAAGCAGAGAAACCAACUGAAGGAUCCACUGAAGAAGAGAAACCAUCUGAAGGACCUACUGAGGCAGAGAAACCAACUGAAGGACCCACUGAGGCGGAGAAACCAACAGAACAACCUGCGGAAACAGCUAAGCCUUCCGAAGAACCUGUAGAAGAGGAAAAACCAACAGAAGAGAAGCCAACAGAAGCACCUAUAGAACUAUCAACUGAAACACUUGUUGCAAAGGGAGGCAAACCAGCUGAGGAAGAAAUGCCAACCGAGGGACCUGCGGUAGAAAUUCCUGGAGAGCAAGAGAAGCCAACUGAAGAAGCACCUGUCGAAGAAGGUAAGAUUCCUACAGAAGUGACGCCGACUGUGAAGACUCCGGAGGUAGAACAGGCAACUGAGCAACCUAUCGAGGAACAGAAGCCUACUGAAGAAGAGCUGGCCACUGAGAUACCUAUGGCCGAAGAGAAAGCAACUGAACCUGGUAAGGCUGCAGAGGAGGCAACUGGAAAGCCUGUAGAGAAGGAAGAACCAACUGAAGGUCCUGCCGAAGAAAGAAAGCCUGAGGAGGAAGAGAAACCAAGCGAGAAACCUGAAUUAGCUGCUCCAGAACAGAUACCAACUGAGAAAUCGAUCGAGAAAGAACCUACUGUACAGCCUGCGGAACAAGAAAAGCCUGGCGAGGUCACGCCUCCACAAGAAGCCGUGAGCGAGGUUUCAGUAACCGAAGAGGUCGCCACGGAAGGUCCAGCUGUUGAAAUGAAACCAUCCGAAGGUGCCGAACAGGCGGCCACGGAAGCUCCUAGUGCAGAAGAAACGGCUAGCCAAGCUGGUGCUAAAGAACCUGAAGUGUCAACUGAAACCUUCAAAGAGACAUCCGAACUCGUCACGGCCAUUGCUGAAGAAACAGUUUCGCCUGCACAAGAAGCACAAACCGAAGCAGCUGUUCCUCAAGAGAAACCAAGCGAGGCGCCAAUCUCUCCUGAAGAGGCAUCCACUGAACCUACCAAAGCAAUUCCGGAACAAGAAGGAACCCAACUUCCAGAAGUAGGUCCGCAGAAGACAGAAUUACCGGCUGAAGCUACAACGGCAUCUGCCUUGCCAGAGAAACCGAGCGAAGGCAAACUACCAGAAAUGCCUGAAGUAUCUUCGACUGAAGCAGGUCUCGAAGCAUCCACGGAAGCAGCCGCGUUGCCGGAGGAAGGCACCAAGACUCCUCUACCCGAAGAAGCUGCAACUGAAGGAACCCCGAAAGAAGCUACCACGACACAGCUUCCAGCCGAGGAGGAAACGAAAGCAUCAAGCGCGGAUAAGGCUCCGGAAGCGCCCACUUUGGAACCAGGCAAGGAGGAAGGACAAACCACACCAUCGGCUGAAGAGGUACCGAAAGAAACCACCGAACAGGUCGAGCAAACUACAAUGUCUGCCGAGAUGCCCCAAGAAGAAGCAACUCCGGAAUACCCGACGUCCAAACCAGCUGUCAUUCCAGGAGAAGGCAACUGUCUCGUCGAAGGACAGUCUUACAGCAACAACUCCGCUGUUCCUCCCGCCAAUGUCUGCCAGCUUAAGUGCCGUUGCGUCAGCAGCAUUAUCCAGUGCGAUCUUGUCGAUUGUCCUCCGCCACCGAGCCACCUAUCCAACUGCAUGCCGCUCCACAACAGCAAAGACAGUUGCUGUCCAAUGUACACUUGCGAUUCGCCUACCGCGAUGCUGGAAUCCGACAACCACAUGAUCGAGCCCGAAAAACCUAAAAACGAAACAGAGGAGGAGCAGAAGACCGUGUCACCUGCAGAGGCGCCGGCUGAAGAGGUCAUGAAGGAGCCUGUCGAGGGUGCGAAGGAGCAGGGGGAGACGGCUGCACCUGGGCUGAAAGAGGAAGCUCAAACUACUCCGAAGUCCGCCGAACCUGAAGCCGCGCAACCGACCACCGAAGCAGAACCCGCUAAACCAGCCGAAGAGCAACCUGCUAGCACUGUUGUCCCGCAGAUAGAGGUUACUAGUCAAGCUCCGUCAGAGCUGCCGAAAGAGACACCUAGCACCGAAGAACAAGAAGCAACUAAGACAUCGUCCACUGAGCAACCAUCGGAAGCGCAGGUUCCGGAAGAGAAGAUUCCGAGCGAAGCACCAGUAGUUGUUACGACAGAGGCAGUUCUGGAAGAGCAAACACCCACCGGAGCGGUGAAAGAAACGCCUACCACUCUGAAACCGACCGGCGAAGAGCCAUCGGAGGAGGAGCAGAAGCCUGUGACAAGUGAGGAAGCGACCGUUUCUCCUGCCAUUCCUGAGGAAGGUGCGAGCCAAGAGCCUGAGGUGCCAAGUUCGUCGGAAGAGGCUCAACCGCCGGUGACCGAAGGCCAGAAGGUAGAAGAAGCAGAAGGAACUACUCCUGCAUUGGAAGCACAGUCUGAGAAACCUGCUGAAGAGGAAGCUAAACCAGCAGAAGAAGGCAAACCAGUUGAAGAAGGCAAACCAGUUGAAGAGGGUAAACCAGUUGAAGAGGGUAAACCAGCUGAAGAAGGUAAACCAGCUGAAGAAGGUAAACCAGUUGAAGAGGGUAAACCAGCUGAAGAAGGUAAACCAGUUGAAGAGGGUAAACCAGCUGAAGAAGGUAAACCAGUUGAAGAAGGUAAACCAGUUGAAGAGGGUAAACCAGCAGAGGAAGCUAAACCAGCAGAGGAAGGUAAACCAGAAGAAGAGGGUAAACCAGCAGAGGAAGCUAAACCAGCAGAGGAAGGUAAACCAAAAGAAGAAGCUAAACCAGAAGAAGAAGCUAAACCAGCUGAAGAAGGUAAACCAGCAGAGGAAGCUAAACCAACAGAAGAAGGUAAACCAGCUGAAGAAGCCAAGCCAACUGAAGAAGCUAAGCCAGCUGAAGAAGUUGAACCCGAACAACCGGUAACAGAACCCGGAUUACCGACCACUCAACCAGCCGAAGCUGAAACUGAAGGACCGUCUCCAGCCAUCGAAGUAUCUGUCCCAGGAGAAGGUUUGAAAGUAGGAGGAAUCCCAGAAACUACUGAACCUACUACCAAAGCACCUGCAGAAGAAGCGACACCAUCGGGCGAAGCUGAAGCUACCAAGACCCCAGUACCUUCCGUAGAAGAGCAAACGAUUCCAGUUGAAAUCACACAGCCUGCGGUGCCUUCCGAGGAGGAGCAAACCAAAGAACCAUCCGUGACCGAAAGCGAAGCUAAGGGAACUACGGAAAGUGCUGAAGUGCCGGCUGAAGCGUUCACGCAGCAACCGGAGAAGAUACCCGAGGAACAAGUGCCAAGUUCGACCGAGGCUGCUCAAACUGAAACCGAACAGCCUACAGAACCUCAGGAAACCACAGAAAAGGAAGUAGUUCCGGAGACGAAGCCUGAAGAAGCUACUCCGCAACCUGGACCAGAAGAACAGCAACCUGAGAAGAUCCCGUCCACGGAGGAACAGACUCCAGAGUCGGUCUCGCCUGCUGAAGAAGGAAGCACACCAUUGUCCGAAGUAGGAACUGCCGCUUCCGUCACUGAACCUGGCCUGCCCGAGGAAGGAACUAAACAGCUUACCGAAGAAGCGAGUGCAUCCACCGAAGGUGUCAAGGAACAACCGACCACCGAAGCAGCUAUUGAACCAAUCGAAGUGCAAACACCAUCCGAGCAGGAAGCCACGGUAUCGCCAGCUCCGGAACAAGCACCGGAAGGACCAUCGACAGAGGCUCAUGGCGUUAAAGCAGCGACCGAGCAAGCAAUCGAACAAGAAACCAUCGCGCCGAUCGGAGCAGAAGAGAAACCUGAACAGGAAACUCAGAAACCAACUGCCGAAGAGGCUGUAACGCCUACUGAACCGUCCAAGGCCGUUCCCGAAGGUGAAGCUGUCACUGAAGCAGGUCAAGAGCAACCUAGCGAGACUACGUCUCCGGCUGCAGAAGCUGGCUCGACCCUGGCACCCGAAGCAUCCUCGCCUGAACAAGAAGCUGAGGCAGUGAAACCUGUCACCGAGGCCGAGGGCGUGACCGAAGAAAAGGCACCAGCUACUCCGAGCGAAGUAAGUUCGACUGAAGAAUCUACGAAGCCGUCGGAGGAGGAAGUACCUCAAGGCACAGAAGCUGCACCGGUGCAGAAGGAGACUGGCGUACCUUCGACGGAAGAACAGGCGACUCCAGCUGCCGAGGUUCCAGAAGUGACCGAAGCUGCGCCAGUAGGUCCUGAGGUUAGUUCGACCGAGACACCAGAGAAAGCAAUCCCGACGGAAGCAACGGGACAAGAGAUUCCUGAAGAGCCAGCGAAACCUACCGAAGGUCCUGCAGUCGAAACACCGGCUCCCGAAUCACCGGAGACACCAGUUCCGACAUCAGCACCUUCCGAAGCAACCGAGAUCCCUGAAAAAGAUGUAACGCACGAGACUGAGCGACCGGCUGUUAAGAUCGUUCCGACUGAGCAAGUUCCAGAGAUGGAGGUACCAGUGGAAGUAGAAACAUCUACAGCGGCAAUUCCAGAGAAAGAACUUCCGAGCGAGGCUCCCGAAAGUGUCCUGCCUACCGAAGCAACCGAGAAAGCUGAGCCUGAAGCGACCGAGAAGCCGCAACCGGAAGCGUCCAGCGUAGCACCGGAAGGAACUCUUCCCGAACAGAAACCAGAGAUCACCGAGGAACCAGAGAUCCUAUUUGAGGAGAAGAGACCUGGAGGAGGUGAGCAAGAGACACCACGACCGGAGGAAGAAGCUUCGCAGACGCCGCAACCGGAAGAAGAAGCUUCGCAGACGCCGCAGCCGGAGGAAGAAAUUUCGCAGACACCGCAACUGGAGAAAGAGAUUCCACAGACAACGGCAACGCCUCUGAUCAAUGAAACAUUACCAACUGCGACCGAGGCUUCCGCGGAAGAAGAACAACCGACCAAUGCUCCAGUUGCCGGAGAAGAGUUGGCCCAACCAAGCACGCCCGCAGCUGCGCCCGAGGAGACCUCGCCUCACGAGGAGCAUCCGCCGGUCGAAGUUACGGAAGCCCCGGUAACACCUGAAGAGCAGGAACUUCCGAAGGAAACUCCAGCAAGCCAGGCAACGGAGGCAGCUCAACCUGUCACGGAACCCGCGAUGGAAGCGUCGACGGAAGCAGAGAAAACUCCGGAGGAAGUACACGAACCCGAGCCAGUGCCAACAUCGUCGGAAGCACCGAAAGAGAAGAGCACCGUGGAGCCAACGAUCACUGCGGAACACGUAGAAGGCGUCGAGACUAAGCCGUCGACCGAGGCACCUGUCGAAGAGCACGAGACCGAGGAGCCCGAAGGACUUCCAACGAAGCCAUCGGAAGAGGAAGUUACACCGCACGCCGGCGAGCCCGCGUCGCCGGAGGCAGGUCCGACGACCGAGAAGGCGGAAGUUGAAACUCCGUCGACGAUCGGAUUCGACGAACACCUUCAGCCGGAGAACCACACCUACCAAGCUACCGAGCAACCGCUGCACCCUGGCAUUCACGAGCUACCGACAAGCCCCCCCUCGUUUUCGGAGUACCCCGACCAGAGCUCGGGAGAGGAAAGCCCUCAAUUCCCAUCCCAUGGAGGCAUCGAUACGAACCCCGAAGAGGACUACGACGAAGACGACCAAGCCAUCUACGGACCGGGAACCUGCCGAUACGGCGGCAAGGUCUACAUGUCGGCGCAACAAAUACCGAGAGACGACCCCUGCGACUUCUGCUUCUGCUUCAGAAGCGACGUCAUCUGCCUACAACAGAGCUGUCCGCCACCGAUCCGCGGCUGCCACGAGGAACCGAUCAGCGGCUUCUGUUGCCCGAGAUACGAGUGUCCUGUGUCGAUGGCCACGUCGCUGAACAUCACCACGACCACGACCACGACCACCACCACGUUACCUCCGCAUUUCCACGCACACGCGUACAAGGGAGCCGCGAAGCGAAGCGGCUGCCAGAUCCGCGGACAAGCGUACCGAGUCGGAGAAGUUAUCAGGUCCGCAUCGGGACCUUGCCUUCAGUGCACUUGCGGCGGCGACGGAAACAUGAAGUGCGAGCCACGAGUGUGCAGCGCGGAGCCGAUGCUCAGGCAGAUGAUCGCGGCGGCCACGGCCAGAAGGAGGAGAUGAGCCGGCGAACACGAUCCCGGGGAUCUUCUGCAGAGGA